AUGGUGGAGGUCAUGAAUUUGAUAUCCGUGGGUAUUCCGAAUCAUCCAGUGAAUGGUUCCCUGGAGCAUCGUUUGAGUGGCAAUCUGCACGUGAGCCUAGGUGGUGUCACUUCCGAACAAGUACUAGUACUGCUGGAACUAAACGAUGUUUCCAUAUCCUCUGGAUCUGCCUGCAACUCUGUCUCCACUGGACCUUCUCAUGUUGUCCACGCACUGGGCAUUGGACCAGAAAUGAUUGGUUGUACCCUGAGAGUUGGAGAGGGUCGCUUUACGAAGCAGGAAGAUAUCGCCUAA